UGAGAAGAUGACGAAGAACAAACACAUAUCUUAUUCUCACCCACAAAACCCUGCAACUUGGGGUGCACUAUGCAUUUCUUGAUUAGGUAUCUCCGUAUUCCAUUCCUGUAAUGAAAUUAUAAGCUAAAUACAACGUGUUCGCCUCUGAAAGAAAUCCUAAUGUUUGAUUAAUCUCAUUCAUUUUGCUCCAUUUCUGUAAACACACACAAUGUAUUUUGCUGUGGACUUUUCAGUCUUAGGUCAAUCAAGUUUCAUAUGCGGUGGAAAAUCUUCAGUUUUUGUUCCAUUUAAUCGUCAAUUUAGAAUCUCAACUAAGUUCAUUCCCAAUGUCCGAAUUAUCACUAUGAAGCGAAUCAAUCCUCGCUUUGUUAGGAAUUCCAGUAGAAAGCUUAAUGAAAUUAAGAUAUUUGAUGCUGAAGUUGAAUCCAAGUAUGAAGUGGAAGAAAAAGGUUCUAAAAAAAAGUUGGAAUGGUUUAUGGUUUUAGCUAAGCGAGGGUUUUUGUUGGCUGCAGUGGUAUGUGGGGUUUUUAUUGUUAGGUGUGGGAAAGUUAUUGCAACAGAUGGAGUUGUCAAUGCGGGUUAUAAGGCUUUUGGACAGGAAGCGUGGCCAAAAUUAUUGCAGGUUUUGAUUGUUCUUAAAGAGCAAGGGCUGGUUUUAGCUGCUCUUUUGGGUCUCUCAGCAUUUUUCUCAAUGGCAGAGACUUCAAUCACCACGCUUUGGCCUUGGAAAGUGCGCGAGUUGGCUGAAAAAGAGCCAGAGAAUGGUGUCUUCAAAAUGCUUCGAAGUGACGUGACUCGGUUCCUAACAACCAUUCUUAUUGGCACAACUGUGGUCAACAUUGGAGCAACUGCAUUAGUUACGGAGGCAGCUACAACAAUUUUUGGUGAAGCUGGUGUUAGUGCAGCAACAGGAGUUAUGACUGUUGCAAUUUUGCUCCUGACAGAAAUUACUCCAAAGAGUAUAGCUGUUCACAAUGCCACGGAGGUUGUUAGGUUUGUGGUGAGGCCAGUGGCAUGGCUUUCGUUGAUACUGUAUCCUGUCGGGAGAGUUGUUACUUUUCUGUCAAUGGGAAUGUUGAAACUGAUGGGUUUAAAAGGACGAAGCGAACCAUUUGUAACUGAAGAAGAGUUGAAGUUGAUGCUGAGAGGAGCAGAGUUGAGUGGGGCGAUAGAGGAGGAAGAGCAGGAUAUGAUCGAAAAUGUGUUAGAGAUCAAAGAUACACAUGUCAGGGAGGUGAUGACACCUCUUGUAGAUGUUGUUGCAAUUGACGCUAGUGCAACACUUGUUGAUUUCCACAACCUCUGGCUGACACAUCAAUAUUCCAGGGUUCCAGUUUUUGAGCAGAGAGUUGACAACAUAGUCGGCUUGACUUACGCAAUGGAUCUACUGGAUUAUGUUCGAAAGGGUGAGCUACUAGAAAGUUCUACUGUGGGGGAUAUUGCGCACAAACCUGCAUACUUUGUGCCCGAUUUAAUGUCGGUGUGGAAUCUGCUGAGAGAAUUUCGUAUCAGGAAGGUUCACAUGGCAGUUGUCCUCAAUGAAUAUGGUGGAACUAUCGGGAUAGUGACUUUGGAAGAUGUCGUGGAAGAAAUAGUUGGUGAAAUCUUUGAUGAGAAUGAUUCAAAGGAAGAAAUUCAGAAAAAAACUGGCUAUAUUGUUAUGCGAGCAGAGGGAAUAUUUGAUGUAGAUGCAAAUACAUCAAUUGACCAGCUUUCAGAAGAUUUAACUGUGAAAAUGGCAGAGGGCCAUCAAUAUGAGACAGUAUCAGGCUUUGUGUGCGAGGCAUUUGGAUAUAUUCCAAGGACAGGUGAGAAUAUUGAAGUGGUGCUUGAAAAGGCAGACCUAGAAGAGAACAAUGAAUAUACUGAAGUAGAAGCUGAGCGCCAACAACCUAAGGAAAAACAUCUGAUUUUUAAGCUUGAGAUAUUGGCGGGGAAUGCAAGGAAGGUGAGUGCUGUCAGGUUUGAAAGGAUAAAUGGAGAUGAAAUGGUGUUGGAGACCAAAGAGGUAACUCGGGUGGUCCCAAGAAUCAUGAAAAGGAAAGGCAGCAGCAAUGAUGAGUCCGACAAAAGUGAUGAUGACGAGAUUCCAUACAAAGUACGCUUAUCAGAUAUAUGUGAUUAUGAAGAUGAGACUUCUUUUGAUAGCCUUCCUAACUCAAAUGUAACUGCCGAGCACGAAGAUGAUCAUAAUAAUAAAAACGAUAUACGUUAGUUGCUAUCCUUGUUUUUAUUUUGCUCCAGCAAAAAUAUCUAAAAUAGAAAAACACAGAAGAAAAGAGGCCACUUAACAUUUUUAAGUUUUGUCCUCACGGGAUUUUUUUUUUUUUUUUUUACUGUAAUAAGAAAGAACUUCAAUUAAUAAGAAGCAGAGAUACACACUUGGUUGAUC